AUGAAGGCGACACGGUUCAACAAGAACGUGGUCGCCAGUUCUUCGCCCGUGAUGCGUGGCCGCCACUUUGAUGCUUACGAUGACAAUUCUGAUGACUAUGAUGGCCCUGACGGCGGCGUUCGUCUUUGCGAUUUUGAUGAGGAUGGCAACUACAUCGGUGGUCGCUUGAACACGACUUCCGGCAAUGACAAUACUUCGUCCACCCGCAUCGACAAGUUUGAUGACGCCCGCAAGCGUACUACUAUUGCCCCCAUUGGUACUGGUCGAUUCUCCCAGUCUCGCACUUCCAAUGACCUGAACAAGACUCUGAAUGAUUCCCUUCAGAUUUUAAACAAGGGUUACCAGGCAAAGUCUCAAGUUGAGAACAUUGGUUCUGUCAACCAGUCGGAUGUUCAGGCUGCCUUGCAGACGAACAAUAUGAACACCGCCGAUAUGAAAGGCAGUUAUAUUGCUCAUCAUCUUCACAAUGGCAAUCCCUAUGCCAUCCAGUAUAACAAAAAGCAGAAUUUGAAGAUUGAACAGGCUCAUGCAGGCAAUCUUGCCUCUAAUUCUGGCUAUCAAGCACCUCAGCAGCAAUAUCCGCAGUUCACCAAAGCUGUUGGUUAUUCAUCUCGCACGAACACCACAUCCAUUGCCACAACCAAUGAAUCGCACAUGAAUCAGCAGUCUGAUAUCUUCGGUACUGUUCAGGAUCAUGCCUAUCCCAGUAACACAGCUCAAGGCAAUAGCAAUGUGGUGACUCCCGCUCACCAGCAGAACGGCACUGACGCUUCGGCGACCCCUUUCUCUCCUCUGGCUGCUUACAACAAAACUGAGCCACGCAACUUUGCCCCACGGACUGCUGCCGGGGUUCCAGUUUUCCUACCCCCUCCCCCGUUCAACUUGAAUUGCAACAGCCUGGUCAAGAAAAAUGAUGCCAAUUCACAUUAUACUGCGUCGGAAACUGAUCCUUUUUCAUCUCCUCCACUGAGUGAUCGCACGUUUCCUGCCAUUACUUCUAGGGAUCUUGUUCUCUCGACUGUCCAUGAGGAGGAAGUCGGUCCCUUGGCUCCGGCUCAUCUUUCCUAUGGUCCUGUUCCUCAGGAAAUCCGUGCACUUCGCUCUGAGCAACUGAAUCGACUUACUGAUACGCCAAUUGGCCUGCCCACUCAAGAUGUGGCUUUGGACCCUGAUAACUUUCCCUUCAUCGAGAGUUGCACUCAGGCUACUCCUGUCCCCUAUGGCGUGGUCAAGAUCUGCAACAUCCCAUUUGGCACUAAGCGGUCUGAGAUCAUUGCUUUCCUUGGUCGCAACUCUAAGAUUCUCAACGACAACCAGGAGCCUGUUCACAUCAUUAUGGAGCGAGUUACAUCCAAGACUCAGGAUGCUUACGUUGAGUUCAUGACCCUUCACGAUGCUGCCAGAGCUGUUGAGCGUCAUCAGAUUAAUGUCCAGAGAGGCCGCGUCUCACGGCUUGGCGAUCGCCCCGUUGACAUUUACCUUUCCAGCCAAGCUGCGUUAAUGCAUGAUCUUUUCCCUUUGGCUGCUGGUGUCUUCUGGGAUGGCUCAAAGCCAAUCAUUCAGAAGCCAGUUGAAGGCCAGCCCUGGAAAACUUUCAAGGGGUUUGUCACGGAAGAGGAGAUGACUAUGUUGGUCAAGCACGUGGAGAUCCCGCAGCGUUCCCCUUACUCCAAGGAGUGCCCGCAGCGCCCCUACGAGUGCAUGAUUUCGACCAUCAAGAAGCUUCCAUGGUACAUGACAGAUUACAUCACUGUGCGCCAGCGUUAUGCUGUCUACAGCGCCACCUAUCGUCUCGUUACCCACUUGGCCCAAACCCUGCAGCGCCAUGAUCGCACCCAUGAAACGGUCAUCAAUGAACAGCUGCUCAAGCGACUUGUGACAGCGGCUAUGCUGUGCCCAGGAUUCACUGUUGUUCAGAAGGAUAACAUCGCUGCUGCAGCUAACCUGGACGAAUCGCGCACUCGCCUGUUCAAUCAGCCCAGGUUUGCUGACUUGUGGACUCACCUUUACGCUCUCUGCCCAAAGCCGGGCACUCCCCUCGAUGUUCUCGAGUGGUACAUCGCCAUCCUUCGGGAGGAAACGACGCGUUCCGUUCUCCGCAAAUCUAUUCAGGAGCGCACCCAAAUUCAGGCCAUCGGCAAUCAAACGGAGCUCUACUUUGGCUACCUGUGGUAUGAGCUAGGAUUCCCGCCCGGUAAGCAGUUCGACAAUCUUUCCUUGAGUGAGGUGGCUCGUCGCGAGUUAGAGGCAAUGGAGCGCAUCCUGCGCCGGGCUCUUCCUAAGCAUCUCUGA